ACCGAUUGAAUAAGGAGCGGAGUGGAGUGGAUGAGCAAGUACAGCACCAUUGAAUUAGGCUAUCAGGCUAUUAGCAGAAGCAUUAGGAAGAAAUGAAUCUGAGCUGGAGUGGGCUCUGGCGUGGGCCUUAGCUUGCAUUUGCAGUGCGUAAUAAGUUAUUAUUCAUUAAUAAUAGGACUAAUACUAAUACAAGCAGGGAGGGAGAAAAAGAAAACGAAUGGGAGAUGGCCGAUCAUGAACAAGACAGGCUGAAUCGGUGACUCGGUGAAGAAGAAGAAGGAAGAAAGAAGAAGAAGGAAGAAAGAAGAAGAAGAAGAAGAAGAUGAUGUUGGCACCGACUGGUUUGGUUCUUCGUCAUCCCACUCACACUCCUCUAUCAUUUACCUUUACGAGCACCAACGACGAGUACCCAUCCAGACUCGGGCUUGGACUCAGGGGCAAAAAGCAGCAAGCAGUGCGGUUGUUGAGGUUCGGAACAUCUCAAAACUCAUCAUCGCUUCUUCGCAGACGUGGUUCCCCCUCAACAACAACAACAACAAGUGGAUGUUCCAAGGCAGAGCCUACUUCCAAAAGUAAAGCUGUUUUCAUAGACGACAGCCCCAUAAUAACAGACACCGACCAAAGCAUGGAAAACCUUGGAAUCUUGAGCAUCGAUCAAUCCUUGCAACCAUACAAGGACCACUUCAACUAUAGAAUCAACAGAUACCUGGAUCAGAGAAGGCUUAUUGAGACAUACGAAGGAGGUCUACAGGAAUUUGCUCAAGGUUAUUUGAAAUUUGGAUUUAACAGAGAAGAAGGUGGAAUUGUGUACCGUGAAUGGGCCCCUGCUGCUCAGUGAGUUCAUUAGCUUCUCGACUACAAUUCCAUAACUUUCUGAGGCAUACGAUUUGUCUUAAUUGCUUUAAU